AUGCAACCGCCGCGCACCCUCGAUCGACCGAUUCUUAUUGCGCUUAUAAGCGUUAUAAGAGUCGGCCGAUCCUUAUUAAGUGAUGAGCUAUUAGUGUCAAUGCGUGCGCAGAGCGAUGUUAAUGGUUGUAAAUUCAUUGCAACUAAUGCGACGAAGCUGAAGAAAUUACGGGAGCCGCAAACGACAGGUGAUAACAUUUUGUUCACUGCUGUCAAACGCGGCAAAGGCGAUCAUUGGACGGUAGUGAAGUGGACAGCUCGUGGAUUUCGCAUAGGAUCGGAUCGCAUCAGUUUAGCCGACUCCUACACGCAAACUGCCAUGUCUACAUCAGAAAUUACUCUGCGUUAUUUUGCUCCUACAUUGGGCUCCGUAUUGGAAGGGAAGCCUACUCUACGAAGUUUCUUACCAUAA